AUGGAAUCUGGCUCUUGUGCUUGUGCUGUGCUGUUUUUAGAUGGACGUUAUCAUAGAAAUGAGGUGUUUGCGUACCACACGGGGACGGGACUGAUAGCAGACAGGUGUGUCACAUUACAAAAACACUCCAAUGCUUCUGUUUAUGAUAUCACUACAGUGAGUUGUCCAGAAGGACAGAAGGCUUGUGUUGAUGGGUCAGCAUGUGUUCCUCAGUCGGACUUCUGUGACGGAGUACAGAGCUGUGCUGACAGCACCGAUGAGCAGCACACUCUCUGUGCAACAGAGUGUGACGGUCAGUUUCUUCUGCUCGGAGCGACCGGAUCCUUCCACUCAAAACACUUUCCCGAGGUCUAUGACAGUCCCACGGCCUGCCGCUGGAUCAUACGAGUGACUGAGGGCUCGGCCGUCAAAAUAGUCUUUCACACUUUCCAUACGGAGCAGGACAUCGACGUUCUGAGGCUGUACGAGGGCACGGGCCCCAUGAAAACACUGACACACUCGCUCUCAGGCGCAUCUCCUGGAGACAUAUGGCUCUUAUCGCAUGAAGCCACUGUUGAGUUUUUCGCAGACUACGUCAACAGCCUUCAAGGAUUCAACGCGACUUACACGGCAGAGAACGUCAAAGAUCUCUCUAAUGAAGAGAAGAUAAACUGCUCCUUUGAAGAGCACUUCUGUCACUGGAGGCAAGAUUUUAAUGACAACGGCGACUGGUUUCGAGCACAAGGCGCUAUUGUCCCUCCUGACACCGGCCCAAGCUUCGACCACACGACCGGAGACCAGUCAGGGUACUACAUUGUGACCCCUCGGACCCCUGGAAGUCAGGAUAAAAAAAUCCGUAUAUACAGUCUUCCUCUGACUCCUACAAAGGAAUCAGUGUGUCUGCAAUUCUGGUAUCACAUGUUUGGCGAGGAGGUUUGGCGUCUGACGGUCACGGCACAGGAAGGCUCAUCCGUCACCGUCCUCUUCCAGAAAGAAGGGAACUACGGUGACAGCUGGAACUACGGUCAAGCCACACUAAACAUCACUGCAGAGGCUGUGGUGGUGUUUGAGGCGCAGAAGAGGGCAGGGUUUCUGAAUGACAUUGCUCUGGAUGAUAUCAGCGUAGCACCUGGUUCUUGUGGAGCGGGCCCUCCGGAGCCGACCCCGGUCCCUCCUCCCAUCACUCCUCCUCCUAUACCAGAGGAUUGUUGGGGACCGUUUGACCUGUAUGAGCCCAACUGGACAUUCAGCUCUCCAAACUACCCCAACGGCUACGGACACAGAGCUUCAUGUAUGUGGACUUUACAUGCUAAGGAAGGACAGAAUAUCCAGCUGCAUUUUCAAGACGUUGCUUUAGAGAUGGCUUAUGACAUUUUAGAAGUUCGAGAUGGAGCGACGCCCUACUCAGAGCUGCUAGGUGUCCUAACUGGGGAUCGUUCCUUCCCGGAUCUGUUUUCCACAAGCUCUCAGAUGACAGUCAUGCUUUUCACAGAUGCCUCGGGCAACAACAGAGGCUUUCUAGCCAACUUUAGCACAGGCAUUAACCUCGGGCAGCCAGAUCCGUGUCCCAGCGGUCAGUUUCAGUGCGGCACAGGAGUGUGUGUGUCCAGCUCAGGUGUGUGUGACGGAGCAGAAGACUGCGCUGACGGCUCUGAUGAAGCUGGCUGUGUGCAUAUAAUCAAAGAGAACGUCACUGCAGCUGAACGACUGAGACUUCAGGUCCAGGAUCAUCUUUACACGGUGUGUGCUCAAGACUGGAGCUCUCAGCUCUCACACUUCUUCUGCCGCUACCUGGGCUUCAGGUCAGGAGAUGCUUCGUUCUCCAGCGUUACGGAUGGAGAUGCUCCCUUUACUACUGUAAGUGUGAAUACUAACGGCUCUCUGGAUCUGAAACCCAGUGACACGUGCCUCGGUGGGAAGAUCGUGUCGCUGCUCUGCAACAAUCAGCCAUGUGGCGCACGUAAAGUCCCCUUAAACAGUGAGACUAGAAGCGGAAACAAGGCGGGCCGAGUGGUGGGCGGUCAGGAUGCUCAGAAAGGGGCGUGGCCAUGGAUAGCAUCUCUGCGCUGGUUGGGCACUCACGUGUGCGGAGCCACUUUGAUUGACAGCGAAUGGCUGAUCACAGCCGCACACUGUGUUUAUGGAAAGAACGUGCACCUGUCAAACUGGGCGGCGGUGCUGGGUCUUCACUCUCAGUUCGGCUCGGAUAACCCCGGCAGACAAACACAUCUGAUCGACCGCGUGAUCAUGCACCAGCGCUAUAACAGAAGAACCAAGGAGUCAGACUUUGCUCUGAUGCACUUACAGACGCCUGCCAACUUCACAGAUUACGUGCAGCCCAUCUGCCUCCCAGAUCCUGGAGCUGAGAUUGAAGAAGGGAGAGAGUGUGUUAUUGCUGGCUGGGGACUGACGGCUGAAGAUGGCUCCAGAGCCGAUGUGUUACAGGAAGCCGUUGUGCCGCUUUUAAGCAACAAACAGUGUCAGGAAUGGCUUCCGGAGUACAACUUCACCGAGCGAAUGCUGUGCGCCGGCUUUGCUGAAGGAGGAGUGGACUCCUGUCAGGCUUAG